AUGGAGGCCGCUGAGCCCAAGACCCCCGCGUGGGCGGACGCAGCCCGGCGCCUGGCCCGCGGCUGCUGGUCAGCGUUCUGGGACUACGAGACGCCCAAGGUGAUCGUGGUGAAGAACCGGCGCCUGGGCGUCGUGUACCGCGCGGUGCAGCUGCUCAUCCUGCUCUACUUUGUGUGGUACGUGUUCAUCGUGCAGAAGAGCUACCAGGACAGCGAGACGGGCCCCGAGAGCUCCGUCAUCACCAAGGUCAAGGGCAUCACCUUCUCCGAACACAAAGUGUGGGACGUGGAGGAGUACGUGAAGCCCCCCGAGGGAGGCAGCGUGUUCAGCAUCAUCACCAGGAUUGAGGUCACACCCUCCCAGACCCUCGGAACCUGCCCAGAGAGUAUGAGGGUCAGCAACGCCACCUGUGACUCGGAUGUGGACUGCGUGGCCAGGCAGCUGGACAUGCUGGGAAACGGCCUGCGGACCGGGCGCUGCGUACCCUACUACCAAGGCUCAGCCAAGACUUGCGAGGUGUCCGGCUGGUGCCCGGUGGAAGACGGGGCCUCUGUCAGCCAAUUUCUCGGCAAGAUGGCCCCAAAUUUCACCAUCCUCAUCAAGAACAGCAUCCACUACCCUAAAUUCCAGUUCUCCAAGUAAGAGCCACGAGGCAACAUAGAGCACAGGAAGGACGGCUACCUGAAGCGCUGCACGUUCGAUGAGGUCUCUGAUCUCUACUGUCCCAUUUUCAAGCUGGGCUUCAUUGUGGAACGGGCAGGGGAGAACUUCACGAAGCUGGCUCAUACGGGUGGCGUCAUUGGGGUCAUUAUCAACUGGGACUGUGACCUGGACCUGUCCGCGUCAAAGUGCAACCCCAAGUACUCCUUCCGGAGGCUUGACCCCAAGCACGUCCCAGCCUCAUCUGGCUACAACUUCAGGUUCGCCAAAUAUUACAAGGUAAACGGCAGCACCACCCGCACACUCAUCAAGGCCUAUGGGAUCCGCAUUGACGUCAUCGUGCAUGGACAGGCAGGGAAGUUCAGCCUGAUCCCCACCAUCAUUAAUCUGGCCACGGCACUGACCUCCAUCGGGGUGGGCUCCUUCCUGUGUGACUGGAUCUUGCUGACAUUUAUGAACAAGAACAAGGUGUACAGCCAUAAGAAAUUCGACAAGGUGUGCACACCGAGACGCUCCCCUGGUAGCUGGCCUGCGACUCUGGCGCUUGUGCUGGGCCAGGCCCCUCCCCCACCCCACCCCUGCUCUGCAGACCCUGGCCAAGCAGGCCAAACCCUGGCUUCCCCGUCCGCAUGGCUUUGCCCCACCUCCGCCCCCAGUGAGCAGAUGGCGGACCCUCCCCAACAGACGGCGGGACCAGAGCUGUGCACCUCCGGACCUUCCCAACAGGACUCCACACUCUCAGACCCCCGAGGUCUGGCCCAGCUCUGA